GUAGCCAGGAACUCUCACGGAUUUGCUUUUUUUCAUCCAACGCAGACCAAGUGAGGUGCAACAUGACGAGGCAAGCUACCUGUGGGGAAAGGUGCAUUCCCGUGGCCUGGCUCUGCAACGGAGAGCGAGAGUGCCCCGACGGAACUGAUGAGCAGUGUGAGGAAGUAUGCGGUGGACAUCCUCAGGCCUGGCAGUGUGAUGACGGGAAAUGUAUUUCUAUUAGCUGGCUCUGUGACGGUACCAGAGACUGCUUGGAUGGCUCCGAUGAGGUUAACUGUGAGAUACCAAUAGCAUGUCCUGGCCGAAAAAUCCAGUGUCCGGGAAAUUCUCGGUGUCGUGAUGCUUGGGAGCUCUGUGACGUGCAUAAGGACUGCGGCGACGGGCUUGACGAAGCACCGUGCUCCCCGAUCCGUUGCCUGGCCGGGCAGUGGCAGUGCAGGAACAAGGUGUGUGUCAUGGAUAGUUGGAAGUGCAACGGCGUCAAUGACUGCGGUGACUCCUCCGAUGAGGAAGCCUGUGCUUCCUGUCCAGAAGGCACUGUGAGGUGUGACGAAGGGAAAUGCAUCCUGGAAUCCCUGAUGUGUGACGGGGAAGCAGACUGCGCAGAUGGUACCGAUGAGCCCGCCACAUGCGGUAAAAACUGCUCUCUGGCCAACGGGGGCUGUGAGGGGCAGUGCAGGGACACAUACUGGGGAGUCCAGUGUUCGUGUGGAGCCGGGUGGCAAUUACAGCCGGACGCUCAGAGCUGUGCAGAUCUAGAUGAGUGCUCCAAGGCCUACAGUCCUUGUGGCCAGCUGUGUCACAACACACCAGGCUCUUACUCCUGUGAAUGUAUUCAAGGUCACCAGCUCUACAAUGGUACCAGUUGCCGAGUUACAGAUGAUGCUGUUAAAAUUCUUAUAGCAGCAGAUAGAGAACUUGGUGUCCUGGAUCAAAGAACAGGCAUCUACGAACCUCUUGUACCUAUAAAAUCGAGGCCUACUUCCGUUGCAUAUGAUCUUGAGAGAAGCAUGUACUUUUGGGUGGAUGGAAUCUUAAAUGUGUUUGUCCUUGGGAAGCCAAAUUCGGUUCUUCUCUAUCCAGAACUUAAAACGGUGAACAGUGUCUCUUUGGACUGGUUCACGGGACAGUUGUAUUGGGCGAGCAGCUUCGCAAGGGUCAUCUGUGCUGGUUUAAGUGAUGGCAGAGGCUACGUCAAAAUCUUGGAAAAGGAUCUGGUGCCAGAGCAGCUCAUCGUGUUUCCCACAAAGAAGUCCUUGUAUUGGGUAAAUCGUGGUGAGAAAGGCAUGAGAACUAUUGAGACUGCAGGGAUGGAUGGCUCAGAUAGGAAGGUGCUCGCAGCUGUAAACAUGGAGGAGCCUGUAGGACUGACACUCGACCGCGUGACCGGCAGGCUCUACUGGAUCAGUGACUAUAAAGAGUCCAUAGAGACGGUAAACGUGGACGGCAGUGGGAGGCACACCUUUCCUGAGAUCUUCUUGGAAGGUGACAAUCCAAUAGGACUAGCUGUAUUUGAGAACUCUUUCUUCUGGGCAAAUAAAAUACGGCUGUUUCGCACUUCACCCCACACCCCAAAGGAGAGAGUGGUGCUGCUGAAUGCUUCCAUAUCUGCUUUCUCUGUCCUGCACAAAUCCCAGCAGCCCAAGGGUAUGUCAAGGACUUGCUUUUGA